CUUUAGUUUUCUUCUAAUGAGACGCUGGGAAUAUCUAUUUUUUCCUAUAGCGUCGAUUCCCCCAGCAUGGCUCAUUGUUAUAAGUGGCUGCGUAGUAAGGAGGUCUCAUUUGGAUCCUUCUGGUGAGGAAGAGACAUGGAGAGAAGAGAAGCAGGCGGUGGCCUCCAGGGAUGGUCCGUGUGUUGCCCUCUUCCAGCCACUUCCACUGAGGGUCCAACCAGGAGAGGCGGCCGGGGGAAACCGACUCAGAUUCCAACGUUCAAGAGGCAGAAGCUUCCAAGCACCAAGUCUGUGGCCUCCAGCUCAGAUACCUACAAAGCCCAGAAGCAGUGCCCAGAAAAUGCUGCCCGUGAGAGGGGCCGAGUCCGUACCUUGAGGCAGGCCUUCCUCUCGCUGCAGGCCGCACUUCCAUCCGUCCCCCCUGACACCAAACUCUCCAAGCUGGACGUGCUCGUCCUGGCCACCAGUUAUAUUGCCCACCUGACUCAGACCUUGGACCAGGACGGACAGGGACCCGACAGCAGUCAGAUCAGCAGGGGUCCUGGGUACCUACACCCCAUAAAGAAGUGGCCAAUGAGAGCGCGGCUGUACGGCGGGGGCCUGGGAGCAGAAGUACAUGAAGGCUACGCGGCAACCAAUGACUAGUCCUGCCUCCUGGAAUAUCUUGUUUGUAUUUAUUCUACACUCAUUACCCUGAGCACUGGGUAUAAUAAAAAAAACAUCUUCUGUCUUCCAUACAAGGGUUAAUUCUAAUCACACAGUAACGAACCAAUAAGAGGGGGCCCAUGGUACUGUUUGGGUGUCUGAUGCUAAAAAGAAAAUGUUUUAAUGCCCCCAGGACUGAGCCAAUGACCAAAGAGCACUAGGGGCAUGGAGGAAUCUCAUUGGAGGAUCUUCUUGCAUUAAGUGGGCUGUUGGCCCUGGAGAGAUGGAGAGAUUGUUACCGAGUGGUGUUUCUUUGAGAAUCCCUCCCUGAUG